AUGGGAGGACAUGUUUUGACAACAUAUGGCUUACCAAGAGCACCCCAUGUUGAUAAUGAGCAGCUUUGUCGUGAAUACAGACGUGAGACCAACUACAAUCAGGAGGAGUUGGCAGUUCAGGUUGAUGAACAAUAUCAAAAAUUGACUGAGGAUCAAAGGAGUGCUUAUACAGCAUUUUUGGAGAUGGUGAAUGGUGAAAUAGAAGAUCAUAACAACAUUAUGUUUCUUGAUGCACCUGGAGGAACAGUUCCUGAAGAACUUGGCAAAUGUGUUGAGAAACUAGAGGAUUUGAAGGCAAGAGUGUAUCCAGACUUGAGCUUGAAUGGAAAACAUCCAGACUGGCUUGCUGAGCGAGCGAUUGUUUCUCCAUUAAAUGCCAAUGUCAACAAGUUGAAUAAAUGGCUAAUGAGUGAAUUUCCAGGGCAGGAAAAAGUGUACAAAUCUAUUGACACUACAACAAAUGAUGAUGAAGCUGUACAGUAUCCUACAGAUUUCUUGAAUUCAAUUGAGCUUUCUGGAAUGCCUCCCCAUCUUCUGAAAGUUAAAGUUGGUUCUCCGAUCAUGAUUUUGAGAUCAUUGGACCCACCCCAAACAAUAAAUGGAACAAGAUGUGUUGUAACAAGAUUGCAUGAGAACUUGAUUGAAGCAACCAUUAUAUUCGGGCCUUACAAAGGUCAAGCUCUUCUCAUUCCGAGGAUUCCACUUAUACCAAGUGAUAGCGAGUUGCCUUUUGCAUUUCGGAGGCUGCAGUUCCCAGUGAGGCCAUGCUUUGCCAUGAGCAUCAAUAAGAGUCAAGGUCAAACUUUCAAAACUAUUGAUAUAGAUCUGACAAACCCAUGUUUCAGUCAUGGCAUGUUUUAUGUGGUUGUUUCAAGGACUGGAACUUCAAAAAAUCUCUACAUUUUAGCCAAUCAAAGAAAGACAAGAAAUGUUGUUCUUCAUUAG